AGGCAUGGUCAUGGGCGCAUUGAUUGGAGCCGCUCACGGAUCUGCGCGGAUUCCUCAACAUCUCAAAGACGGCUUAAAGGAUUCUGCCAAGAUCGAAAAGGACAUUGAGGCCUUCGUGGCGCAAGUCCGGCCCCCCGCUUCGUGAGCACAGCGAGAGCCGCACGCAAUGCCUGCAGCCAGCAGCAGCGGCUUCGUGUAGCCUGCAUUCUCAGCCGACAAUGCUCCAGACUUUGCUCCGUGAUGGACAUCCCAAGUCCAAGGCUCUGUACCUUGCCCCGCUCAAGGCACUUUGCCAGGAGAAGGCACGAGACUGGAAGCGCCUGUUUGCCACACUUGGUGAAGAAGUUGCGGAACUCACGGGGGAUGACGAGGGGGUGGUGUUUGGACGUUGCGGACAAGGUUCAGCAGCACCUCGCCUGGCAAGAGCCAGAGUGAUCGUUGCAACUCCUGAGAUGUGGGAUGUCUUCAUGCGGCAGGCUGGCCGAUCUGCAAAAGGAUUUGAGUUGGUUGACGAGGUGAAGCUGGUGUGUCUGGACGAGGUGCAUAUGCUGAACAUGCCAAGACGAGGAGCUGUUCUGGAAGCCGUCGUGGCCAGAUUACGAGCGCCCAAACAGAACAGCCCAGGAAAUCAGGCUGUGCGCUUCCUGGCUGUGUCCGCCACGGUGCCAAACAUUGCAGACGUUGGCAGAUGGCUUCAGGUGGAGCCCCGAGAUGUGAAAGUCUUUGGAAUGGAGUUCCGGCCAGUUCCACUGAGCAUCCAUGUGCAGAGCUUCCGAUCUGCCAAGAACGAGUUUAUCUUUCAAGAGUCCCUGAAUCGAGAGCUGGCUUCAGUGAUCCGGCAGUUCUCUGAGGGCAAGGCUACUUUGGUCUUUUGUGCUACAAAGCGGGCUUGUGAGACUGCUGCCAAGCACCUGCAAGGGGAAACGAGUCUCAAGCCAACGGAUGCCCGCAUGCGUGCUUUGCUUGUGGGGAAGGCAUCGUCUCUGUCGGAUCCUUCUUUGCAAAGUCUGCUUCCAGACGGCCUGGCAUUUCACCAUGCAGGCCUCAAUGCAACUGACCGGCACGUUGUGGAGAGUUUGUUUCUGCAAUCAGCAGUGCAGGUCCUUUUCUGCACCCAAACUCUUGCACUGGGGGUGAAUCUUCCUGCUCGCCUAGUUGUUGUGAAGGGCACAACAGCUUACAAAGAGAGCGGCUGGGAAGAGUUUGAUGAGUUGGAGAUGCUCCAAAUCAUGGGCCGUGCUGGUCGCCCCCAAUUUGACAAGCAAGGGACUGCGGUGAUUAUGGCCGAACACGGUCUUGCCAGUCGAUGGCAGCAGAUUCUGAAGGGGCAGCCUCUCGAGAGCCACUUGCCGGCGAGGUUGACAGAGGCACUCCUUUCUGAGGUUGUUGCCAGAACGACUCCAAAUCUUAAUGCCAUGUUUACUUGGCUGCGCAGCACAUUCCUAGCUGUACGCGCGGCCGGAGAUCCGCAGCGCUACGCAGAAUCUUGUCCGCUUUCAAGCGGAAACGGCUUCGUUCAUCCGUUGCUCUCGUUCGAUGGGCCGGAUGAUGUGCAAUUCCUUCAGUCUUUGAGCCAGGUGGAAGUUGACAAAAUGGUUGGCGCCCGGUUGAUCACAUGCGAAGCAGGUUCAUUGCAGCUGCAGGCAACUCCACUGGGCGAGAUUGCCAGCCGCCAUUCGGUGCGCUUUGAGACUUUGUGUUGGUUGCAAAAGCAGCCGGCACCCUCAGACGUGAAGGAGCUGCUGGGGCUCCUUGCACAAGCAUCGGACUUCGAAGAGUUUCGGCCUCGGCAGGGUGAGCGGACCCAGCUCCGGGACCUUGCCAAGAAGGCGGUGCGCUGGUCGAUGACUGGGCCUGUUGACUCAGCUGCCAAGAAGGUGAUUGUGCUAAUCAUGCUAGCACUGGCAGACUCCCCUCGAGCACAGCUGCCUCGGGAGUUGAGAGCGCAACAGAGCCAGGUUCUUCGUCGUGCAGAGCUGCUUUUACGAGUGGCCUGCGAGCUAUUUGAGGGUCGGAAACAAGGAGCAGCGGUUGCCGCUUGCUUGUUGAUGAGAAACUGCAUUCGCAAGCAGGUCUGGGAGACUUCUUCGAUGCCGGUGAGACAACUUUCAAACAUAGGUGAUGUCGGGGCAGCUGCGCUCCACCAACAUGGCUUCGGGACCCUAGAUGGGCUUUUGGCAGGAGACCCUCGAAAGAUCGAACAUGUUCUUGGGCGGCGGCCACCAUUUGGCAACGUCCUGCAGGGCAAAGUUGGGGGUGUACCACGCCUCAACUUCAGGUUGCAGCCCAGCAACGAGCAGAUCUCGAUUUGCCUUGUCUCGAAACAGAUGGAGUUUGCAAGUGGGCAGGGACCACAGCUCGGCACAGGCUUUGUUCAUUGCCUUGCGUAUGGCACGCCCAGUGGCCAGCUUCUCCUGCAUCGACGCUUUCCAACGCACCAUCCAGUAGCGGGCCUUGUCGUGGGCUUGCAAGGUUGCAGAGGCAUAGUGGCGCGCUUGAUCCAUGAGGACCUGGUUGGCUUUGAUGAGCUGCAAGUCAUUGGCGAUGCCCGUCUUGAGUCCCCACUUGCAUCCGCGAGUCCGUUUGUGCAGGCGAACUGCCGCAAGCACACAGAUGAGGGAAAAACUCAUGGCAAGGAUCUUAAGCGCCAGAGGAUGGCUCUGGGCGGGCAUGAAGCCACUUUGGCGUUGGCCAGAGCAAGGCAGUACGAGGCACCGCCUGUCCAGACCAUCCAGACGCUCUCAGCAUCCAUGCCCUCUGAAGUUGGGGCAAGAUCAAGCCAACCGAACUCAGACAGGUGCAGAUCAAGCCUCGGAGAAGCUGUGCCUGGCUUCAUGCCUACCUCAGCUACCUCAUAUCCCGCAAGCUCAUGCAGUGCACCUGGUGGAGUUGGCAGCGUUGGCCCCUCACAUGUUGCAAGGUGUCAUGUACCAUCCUUCCAAUCUGGCUUUGGAUCCGGCAGCUUCUCAUCCGAAGCUUGUCCUGGGCAGUUCGGAGUCACUGAGGGUCAGCACACGACUCGAACUGCAGCAGGACGCUUGCGCCGAAGCAUUGCCGCUGUAGAAGCUGCACACAGCACGGCUCACGGGCCUGAAUUUAAUUUUUUGCGCUUCACUCCUGACGCUGCCCUCGGUGUCUGAAUUGAGGAGGGCGUGAAUUUGAUUAGUAAUGAUUGGUGUCACCAUUGAGGAAUUAACAGGGAACUGCAUGACAAUCAAUGGUUCUUUGGCUCCAAGACACAGCACGUCUACGGCUCGCAAAGGGGCUUGCAACGAGAUUGG